CUCGAGAUCCUCGGGAUCCAUCCUAUGAUCAAACAAUCAUCCGUCGCUCCUAGCUGUGAUUUCUUCACCACAUCCGCGACUAUCACCAACAAUAUCUUGCAUACCGAUGCUGGUUUACAUGCAAGCUCGGAUCUCUGUGGCUGUACUGUCGACAGGGCUGGCGAGCAGCGGGGCCUCUGACUACUGUCUAGGUGGAUUGAUAAACAAUGUCGAAACUGUGCCACAAGACUCGGUCCUGAGAGUAAGCUCAAACGACGUCCGAGCUGCAGUGCCUCAAAGAUCGCCAUCGGCUUCAUGGGAGGAAGAUCGCCGGAUCCGAGCGCUAAAAUCCGAUUGGUUGUCUAUACGAGGUUACGAAUCCAUUCAGCCACCUUCAGCGCCAACAUUGCGAAGCCGCAGCGACGUAUCGCAAGCAGUGCUGGAAGAGUCGGGCAAUGCAGUCUACGAAUACGCGUACAACUGGAUCAGACAGAGCCUAAUCUAUAUAAGUGCCACCCAUGGACUCGAUGCCGUGUCCAUUCCACACAUACAGGAGAUUAUUAGAUCCAGCAAGAUUCGACAAUCCACACUUUACAGUAUAAGAUCUACUGUCUCCACAGCAGUAACCCCGUAUCUCCACAGUACUAUGUGUCGCGCACUUACUCUCUCCACGUCGAAACGCGACCAAAAUACACCAAAUGCAGCAACCGCUAAACAACCAAUUAUCGGCGGAAAUCUCAAGACAGGCCUGGAAAAGCUUACACGGGCUGUAGAACGAGGAGUCGACCGUCAAAUCUUGAGCGCUCAAGUGCGGACUUAUGGCACACCUCCGUCGUCCUCUCAAUCCUCGGAACAAACAACGAACAUUGGCUCAUGUAACACGAAACCGAUUAUCUGAGCGACGAGGGGACUUUAUUGCGUAAACCACUAUCUCCAUGACGACACCGAGGGCCUGUGAAGGCUCGAACUCUGAAGUACAAACAUUGUCCCUGGAUCAGAAGACCAAUAUUAUCGUGUACGAGGAUCGAUCUGGGUCGUUGCAUA